AUGCGGCGCGACAAGCCCGCCGGAGGAGCACUGGCGACGUCGGGACGGGGCGUCAUCCGGCUGGAGAUUUACGUCGACCUGCUCUGCCCGUGGUGCUUCAUCGAGAAGCACAGCCUGGACGCGCUGACGCAGCGGUACGCGGAGAGCCACCCCGACGUGCGCUUCGAGGUCACCUGGAAGCCGUACUACAUUGCGCCGACCAUGGGCAAGCACAACGUCGACAAGCGCUCCAUCUACGACCGCCUCGACGCCCUCAACGCACACUUCCUCUCCCGGAUCCAGGUCGCCGGCGCCAAGCACGACAUCGCCUUCUCCAUCCGCGGCCUCACGGGCAGCACCCGCCCCGCGCACCGGCUCAUCGCGCUCGCCCUCGCGCGCGCCGGGCCCGAGGCCCAGGCGCGCGUCGUCGAGAUGCUCUUCCAGGGCCACUUUGAGGACGGGCGCGACCUGAGCGACGAGGCGUGGCUGGCGGCCGUCGGCGCCGCGGCGGCGGGCAUGGACGAGGACGUCGUGAGGAAAGGGUUGGCGGACGACGACGAGGCCGCGAGGAGGGUCGACGCCGUGGCCGAGGCCGCGAGGGACGUCAUUGGCGUGGAGGCGGUGCCGUGCGUCAUGGUGCAGGGGAGGUAUAAGGUGGGAGGGUAUCAGGAGGGGCAUGUCUUUGAGAGCUUGUUUGACAAGAUUCGGCUGGCGGGCGAGGUUUUCUAG